AUGAAAGCCAACGAUAGCGCCUCUCAAAUCUCCUUUGACACCCUCCGCACCCACCUUCUGAGCUACGACUCUCACAUCCCAGACAAGAUCCGAGGUCUCGAACAGCUACGCCUCAGCACGGUCCCUGAAACUCUCGUUCAGCGCAAAAAGAAUGGCGAAUCAUUCCUUGAAAAGACAGAAUUGACAAGCCUAGUCGAAUGGAAACUAAAACAUGGUACCUACCGUCCUAAUCUUACCAAGCUCGUCGCGUCGAACAGCGUCACAGACGUCCGUGAGACGACGAAGAAAGCAUUCGAGGUAUACGAGGUGGAUAAAGACGACUAUGGCAAGUCUAUCACAGCCCUCAAUAAGCUGAAGGGAAUCGGGCCCGCAACGUCGUCACUACUACUGUCGUGCUACGACCCCGUAAGAGUUCCGUUCUUUUCCGACGAACUCUACCGCUACCUACACUGGGAGGACGCCAAAUCGAAAGGCUGGGAUCGAAAAAUCAAUUACACAAUCAAAGAAUACAAAACCCUCUUCGAAAGAGUAGCCGAGCUCCGAGAGCGUCUGGAGAAACAAUCCGGCAUAGGAGUCUCCGCCGUCGACAUCGAAAAGGCCGCAUACGUGCUCGGCAAAAACGUGCUGCCAGAUUCCAAGAUAUUUCCCUUAGACACCGAGGACGCCGAGGGCGACAAAACCCUCAGGCCCCCAUCGCCGAAAAGGCGAAGAAAAGCCAUGCCACAGUCCCAGAAAUAA